UAGAUUAGGCACUGGUUUAUUAUGUUAUCUUUUUAAUUUUGUAUUGUCUUAAUAUUCUUAUGUUUUAUUUUGCUUUCACCUCUUCUUUUUGAAAAAAAAUCAACGUUAUUCCCUCGACCCAAACUGAACGAUUCAAGGCACCUGGAGAAGGAUAGUUUUUGUUGUUGAUCUCCUUGGCUCCAAGGAGAAUUCUUCUCUCUCCUAUGACGUGCAUCACAGAGCGGCCGCUUGCAUUUUCAAUUAUGUGUUCAUUAGGGGAGUGGCGCUUUUCCCGCAAGUUUCACUCCGAAACAAAACAGGCGUUUUUCCUCUCCGACUGCUGUUUUCUGCCAAGAAAUAGAAACUCCUGCGAUCGCUUUCGUUUCCUCGUUUCCCCGCCGCUCUUCUUCCUUUUUUGCCUCGCCUGUUUAGUUUGGGCUGCCUUCCUUCGCUCCUCCUACGCUUCCCCCUGUUUUCCGAUAUUAAGAGGCCGCGCCUCUUUGUCCCCAGCGGCCCCCCGUCCUUUUCCUCUGCUGAAACGAAACAAUCUGCUGCGUUCCGCCAGUAGCGCGGCCGGCGAGGAUGGUGGACGAGGGUGCAACAUGGCAGCGGCGGAAAGAAAACACCGACAACACAAUCUUAAAUGUCUUCGUGUACGACCGGCGUCGGGACCACUCGAAUGACGCCGCAGAACUCCUUUCAUGUCACAAGGAAAACUAUGGGGGCUUCCGUAAGGCCGUCCGCCAGGUAUUUGAUAUUUCCUCCAAAGAAACUUUUGUUAUCACAACAACUGCUAGAAAAGAAAUAACAAGUGAAAACUUUGGUCGAAUUGUUAAAGACAACAUGACUCUCUACUUACUACAGAGAGUUGAUCAGUUGCUCACUUCAGCAACAAAGGAGUGCGUUGAGUUUUUGCCACAUUAUGACACACUUGUGAAAAGUGGAAUAUAUGAAUACUAUGCCAGCGAAGGCCAAAAUCCUCUUCCAUUUGCACUUGCAGAAUUGAUUGAUAACUCCUUAUCAGCUACUUCUCAAAAUUCUGGAGUUCGGUACAUCCAAUUAAAACUGUUAUUUGAUGAUACUCAAGGAAAACCAGCUGUUGCUGUGAUUGAUAAUGGAAGAGGCAUGACUUCUGAACAACUAAACAAUUGGGCUGUAUAUCGACUGUCAAAGUUUAGACGACAAGACAAUAUAGAAAGUGAUCAUUCAGGAUAUGUACAACCUCAAAUAGUACCUCGCAGCUUAAACAGUGAUAUAUCGUAUUUUGGAGUUGGUGGUAAACAAGCUGUGUUUUUUGUUGGACAGACUGUUAGAAUGAUAAGCAAACCUGCAAAUUCUCAAGAUGUUCAUGAAUUUAUCCUUUCAAAAGAAGAUUUUGAAAAGAAAGAAAGAAACAAAGAAUCUGUAUAUAGUGGAUAUAUAAGAAAUAGAAAGCUAUCUGAUUCUUCCCACAUUUUUGAUGAUGAACAAUUUCUGUGCAAGCUUAUUAUGGAAGAGAAAGACAAAGAAAGUUUUACUGCCGUUGUUAUUACUGAAAUGAAGCCUGAAAAUAUACAAUACCUGAAAAAUGAUUUUGAAAGUUGGACAAGACAGUUAACACACAUAUAUCAUUACUAUAUCCAUGGACCAAACGGAAACUGCACUAAUUUGCCAAGGAAGGAAGAAAAAGUUUUCAAUAACAUGGUCAUUGAGAUUUCACUGUUUGAAAAGGGGAAGACACCUCAGGUUGUGAAUCUGAGAGAAAUUGAGGAUGAUAUGCAGACUUUAUAUAUAAAUACAGCAGCAGAUAGUUUUGAGUUCAAGGCUCGUGUUGAAAGAGAUGGUAUAGUGGAAGGAAUUAUACGUUACCAUCCUUUCUUAUAUGAGAAAGAAACAUAUCCUGAAGAUCCUUCAAGAUUCAAAGAUGCUGAUGAUGAAGAAGGAGAAGGUGAAGAAGAGGAAUAUUAUACAAGAGAAAAAGGAGCCAGAGGGAAAAAAGCUAUUUUUGAAUGUUUUUGGAAUGGAAGAUUAAUCCCAUAUACAACUGUAGCAGAUUUUGAAUGGUGUGCUUUGCCUAAAAAGAGAGGGCUCGUUCCAGUUGAAUGCUACAACAGAAUAUCUGGUGUAUUAUUUACAAAUGACAAGUUUGAAGUCAGCACAAACAAACUGACUUUCACGGAUUUGGAAAUAAGGUUAAAAGAUAAAAGUACAAUUUUUACAAGAGUUGUCAAUGGACAGGAACAGAGAAUGCAAAUUGAUAGAGAAUUUACAAAUUGGCUCAAGAAUUGCCAUGAAAAACAUGAUAAACAAAUCAAAUUUACUGAGUUUAAAGAAAUAGUUACACGUGCUGAUCAGAGCUCUAAAAGAAAGAGUCCUUGGGCUAAAUAUUCGGCAAUUGAAUGGGAUGGAAAUAUAUAUAAAGCUGGACAUUUGGUGAGAUCAGUUAAAAAAACUCCUGUGUAUCAUGGAAGAAUUCAACAUUUUUAUCUGUAUGGAGAUCAUGAUGGAGAUGUCUAUGCUACUGGUGGAGAUGUUCAGAUAGCUUUGGAGCCUCAAGCAUUGUACAAUGAAAUAAAGAUCAUUCCAAUAUGCAAACUUGAUCGUUCGGUGUCAGAAGCAGAAGUGAAAAAAUAUAUUAAAGAAGAAAUGUCUCGAUUUCCUAACAGUUUGUCAAUAACAUGGCCUGAAGGAGAUGAAUUAUUACCAAAUGAGACUAAGUGUGCAGGAUUUAAAAUAGGAGCUUUAAAAGUUGAAAUACUGAAUAAAAAAGGCGAGGCUAUGCAAAAACUUCCAGGACCAAGUCAUGGAUCAAAGAAAUUACUUGUACAACUUAAGCUUAUUUUGCACUCUCCUGGUGGAAAUCAGGAACUCUUUUGUUAUAUCAGUCAUGGAGCGAAAUGGUCUUACUGGUUCAAAAAAAUGGAAAAUAUUUCUAAGCUUGGAACCUACACGCUAAAUCUGCAAGUGGUGUUGAAUGAAAGUAAUGCAGACACUUGUGCAGGAUUUCCUCUUCCAUCUAAAACAUUUGAAUUUCAUGUAAAAGAAGGCAAACCUCACAAGUUUUCAGUAGGUAUUUUGGAUCCUCCAUUUCGGAUAGGGCAUCCAUUCAAUGUUCCUCUAGAUGUCCAGGAUGCCUUUGGACAUUCCACUGAACUGACGGAAGAUAUUGUACCAGGCCUUGAAGCAAGUGGUCUAACAUUACAGUAUGAAGAAAUAACAAGAAGACCAAAUUGUGUCAUUAAAGGCAUAAUUGCUUCAGGCCUUGUAAAUAAUUACCAAGGCAAGAAUUUUAGUCUAAAGAUCACUCUUCCUGGUCUAAAGGAAGAAUCUCAAGUUUUGAAAAUUAAACUUCUCCCAGGCCUUCCUUGGCAACUAAAUGUAAAAACAGAUUCUGAUGUCUUGACACUUGAGAAUAAAACAGCUUUAUCUUUGCAUGUUGAAGUAUUGGAUGAAGUGGGCAACAUAACAGCCCAAUCAAAACUACAUGUUCAGUGCACGUUUUUUGGAGUUCCAGGCCUUCCUGUAUAUACUGCAGAUUGCAGCAAUACUGGCAAAAAUGAAUUAACUGGACCAGCUCUGCACAUUCAAAAUAUAAAGAAAGUUCAAAUACUUAAAGCAAGAAUUGAAAUACCAAGUUGUAAAAAUGUGCCCCCAGUAUCCAAAAUCAUUAAACUGCUUCCUAGUAGCUAUGCUGCAAGACUGCAGGUUUAUUGCACUGAAGAAAAAAAAGUUAUUCAGAUUCGAAACCAGGAAGAAAUUAACCACGUUGCAGGUGAUGUGCUAAAAAAUCUUACUUUCCAUAUGUAUGAUGAGGGAGAAAAAGAAAUCAUAAUAACUCCAGCUCUAGCUGAAAAAUUUAAAAUAAGCUGGAGUCCAAAGUUUAAUAGCAAACAACUGAUCAAAGGAUUGCUACCUAAUGUGAAAGUUCCAACAUCUGUAAACGAUGAAAGCUGUUGUCUACUUACCUUCAAUGAUGAGCAUGUGUCUUUGUCAACUUCAUUUGUGGUCAGACCACUUGCUGAUGAGCCAAAACUUAUCAAAUGCAAAAUUAAAGGAUCAGAUAUAAUAAAAAUGGGUGAAAAGCUGCAAGAUGAAAUUGAGAUAAUGAUUACAGAUCAGCAUGGAAAUCAGAUUAAGUCCCUGACAUCAUCUUGUAUGGCUGACUUGAAGAUUUCUGGGAAUGGUCUGGAUAAAUCAUAUUUGAAAACUUUUUGGCAGCAAAAUACACAAACUAUUUCUGUCAAAGGAAUUAUGUUUGAACCAGGCCGACCAGAAGUUAAAGAACUACAUGUUGCUUGGCGUGAUUUUUCUGAUUACAUGAAGUUAAAAUUGAUUGCUGGCCCUCCAGCUAAAUUAGUUCUUCAGGACUGGAUAGAACCAGAGAAGCCUAUAUCUGUAAUUAAUGGCAAAGAAUUACCAAAGGCUAUUAUAAUCCAGCUCUGUGAUCAGUGGAAUAAUCCAUCUGCUGAAUCUAAUAUCACAAUCACACUUUCAAAACAUAGUAAUAUAAAAAUUAUUCCUCCAGAUAUGCUGCAUAAAACAGAUAAAACUGGUAGAGCACGCUUUGGAAGUCUUACUGUUCAUGCUCCUAAGGGAGAAUACACUUUGCAGUUCAAGGCCUCCUAUAACGAGAAGGCACUAAGCAGUCCAGUGAUCAAGAUAAAUGUUUUACCUGACUCGGAGAAACCUGAAUGUUUAAAUAUUACAUAUGAUGAGAAUGCUAGCUUUACUGCUGGAAACACUUUUCCUGAUUUCAUGGUUAGUGUUAUUUCUGAAGACGGCAACAAUAUUAAAAAUAUAAAUUCACGAAGGAUUUGUAUGAAAAUCAGGGAAAAAAAUAGUGAUGAUACUUUAUCAGAAAAUUUUGCAACAUUUGAAUGUACCAAAGCAAACAAUGACAAGGAUGAUGGCUUUUUUUGCGUCAGGAAUAAAACAGUUCCAGUAAAAGUGGGCAAAUACAUCAUCCAUUUUGUAUUUGCAAUUGACAAAACAAAUGUUCUUAACAGUAAACAGAUUAUAAUUGAUGUGGUGCCAAACCAACCAGUACUGUUGAAGCCACUAACUUUGCCAAAUACUCCUGCUGUUUCUAAUGUUCAGGAGAUUGACAGUCGGACCCUUGUCAAGAAUUUGACUCUCAUUGUAACGGAUAAAUACAACAACCGUACUGGAAGUGAUUUACAUGGAAAAAUUGUAGCAAAAAUUGAAAGUUCAACUGAGAAAGACAUUGAUAUUCCCCUGUUUCAGGGUAAAAAAAGUACAGUUGAAUUUUGUUUUCACGGAGGAAUUGUUGAAAUUAAGGAUCUUGUGCUAGCAGAAAAAAGUCCAGGAAGACAUAGAACUAAGUAUAAGCUUGUAUUUGAGCCAGUUAUAUCUUCUUCGAAACAAUAUUUGCAAUCUUAUUAUUUACCCUUUAUGUUUUGUAAUGAUUAUGAGAGUCAACAGCAAAUGGCAAUUCUUACAAAAGAGAGAGACAAACUUUCACGGUCAAUAAAAACAUAUAGAGAUUGUUUUGACAUUAGGAAUCAGCUUAUUGCUGAAAUAAAACGCCAAAUACAGGAAUGUGAAAAAAAGGAGUUACAGCUCAAACAUGAAUUGAAAACACAUCAGAUUGACAUACCUGAGGCCAAUGUGCUGCAACAUAUUGAAUCCUUGAUAAUACGUAAGCAGGCUGAGAAGGAAAAUAUAUUGAAACAACCUAGAAGAAUAUGCACAGUUGCCAUAUAUCCCAAAUGUAAUCAGGAUAUUUUGGGCAAGAUUGCACACUUAGCAGAGAUUGAAGACAGUGAAGUAGCAAAGGUGAUUUCCUGGCAUUUGGCAAGUGAUAUGGAUUGUAUAGUCACUUUGACAACAGCUGCUGCACGUUGUAUCUUUGAUCAGACUCAAGGUGCACAACAAGUGUUGCCUCUUGAUUCUAUUUAUAAGAAGGAUUUUCUAGAUUGGAACAGCAGACCUUUACCUCAUGAAAGAAACUGUUUCAAUCCUAUUGGAAAUCCUGUAUUUGCUAGAAACUUGCUAAUAUUUCCAGAGCACAAGGAGAGUUGCCAAAUAGUGUUUGAGAUGCUCUUGGGUAAUACGAUUAUUAUUGACAAUUUGGAUGCUGCCACUCAUUACAGAAAAGAGGUUGUGAAAACGACGCAUUGCCCAACUUUAUUAACAAGAGAAGGGGACAGAAUUCGCAGUAAUGGAAAGUUUGGAGGCUUCCAGAAUAAAGCCCCUCCUAUAGAGAAGCUUCGGGGGAUGGUUUUUGGAGCACCUCUGCCACCAGCUUGCAAGGUUAUCGACCUACACCUAGAACUCCUUCAGGAGUACCGUACAGCAGUUUUCCGACUUAAUAAAUUAAACACUGACCUUGAAGAACAACUACAAUCAAUUAAUACUUCAGAAAUGCGAAGAAAGAAAGAAGAGCUUGCUGACGAGGAAACGAAAUUAGCAUUAAUAGAGCAGAAAUUAGGUAUGACCUCAAGUCAGUACAGCAGAUCAUCACCCCCCUCAGAAGAGCUUGAUUUGUCCAAAGCUCCAAGCCAUUCAAAAACAGGAAGAGAAACAAAACGUUCAUACAGUUCAAAAGAAUCGGAUUCAGCUCCUCCUAUGAAGAAAAGAAUAGGAAACAGCAACUAAUGAAUUCUCUCCAAAGAAAGAAGACAUAGAUUAUAUUUGUUAAAAUACAAUUGUAUGUUGAAAUGUGUAUAUUCUACAAAUAUAUGUUAUUCAUUGAUAUUUUUAUAUUCAUAAAAGAAAUGUUAUUAAUAAGAGUUGACUUAUUUUUUAACAGAAUAACUUUAUUUUUGUUGUUUAUCAGUCUAUAAUAUAUAUAACAUAUUAUAUGUUAUGGAAAUAUAACAAUGCUUCUGUUACAUAUGAACAUUUUCAAAUUUGACAAUAAAAGUUUGGAAUGACAACCAUUCUCCUAGUACAAUAUAAGUAAAUUAAUCAAUGUGUAACAAAUUGUCAUUUUUAACAAUAGUGAUUCAUAAACAUGAAUGAUAUUUAUUAACUGAAAAAGCAUAAUAUUAUUGAAUAUAAUAAUACCCUUCCAUGCAAAGCUUCUAAAUACUUUUCCUGUUUGUAGAGUAUAGCUGAAAUAAGAUUAUGUGUGCAAUUAAGAUUGAGAAGUUGAUGUUAUAUCCUUACUGAUUGUUUAAUACAGUAACAAUGAGAGACUCCAGUUAGUGAAUACUUCUAACCUAAUGAAAUAAUUCUUGAACAGCCUGCAGCAUUGCAGGCUAAUUCUGCUGACUACUGAUUGCCAGCAGUUCAGCAGUUUUAUUCUCAUCAGCUCAAGGUUGACUCAGCCCUCCAUCCUUCUGAGGUUGGUAAAGUGGCCCAGUAUACUGACUCUGAAAACUCCUUAGAGAGGGCUGUAAAGCACUGUGAAGUGGUAUAAAAAUCUAAGUGCUAUUGCUAUUGAACUCUGUUCUUCCUCAUUUUCUCUAUCAUCAGCUGUUCAGUGUUAUGAUAAACAACUUUUUAUUAUGUAAUUAAAGCACUUUAUGUUUUUUUAGGAUUACAAUCCUCAUCAUUUAUACUGAUGAGAGAAAAGGCAAAGAAGAAAGAUACAUUAAUAAAUAUACAGAAUACAUUAA